CUCCCCAGCUACUGCCGCGGUGAUAAAACUUGAGAAAGAACUAGGAGGGGCCGCUCGGCUUUUUCUGGAUCCUGUUGGCCUUUGGAAAGAACACGCUCACAGGCAGGCAGGUCCCACAGAGCCCAAAGCAACCUGGAGACCAGCAGCAGCAAGAAGCGAACUUCCUGCGCCUCUUUCCCCAGUCGCCCAUGGCUGCCCUUGGGUCCCCGGGCGCCCUUCGCGGAGCCCUCUGCGGGCGGCUGCUGCUGACCCUGGUGGUCUUCAGUUUUUCUUGUGAAGCCUGCAACAAUGCGAUUUUUAAUGUGCCUUCCAGACUAGAUGCAAAUAAAAUCGUUGGCAGAGUUAACUUGAAAGAGUGCCACAGAUCUGCAGACCUCAUCCAGUCAAGUGACUCUGACUUUAGAGUUUUAAAUGAUGGAUCAGUAUUGACAACCAACCCUGUUGUUUUGUCUGCUGAGAGAAGAGCAUUCACCAUAACACUUUCUGACACGAAGAAACAAACAAAGGAAGAGAUCACUGUGGUUCUAGAACAGCAGAAGAAGAUACUGAGGAAAAGACAUGCUAAAGAAACUGUCCUGAGACGUUCCAAGAGGAGAUGGGCACCUAUUCCUUGUUCAAUGCAAGAGAAUUCCUUAGGACCUUUCCCUAUGCUUCUUCAACAAGUCCAAUCUGAUGCAGCACAGAACUAUACUAUCUUUUACUCAAUAAGUGGACGUGGAGUUGACCAAGAACCUUUAAAUUUGUUUUUCAUAGAAAGAGAUACUGGAAAUCUGUAUUGCACCCGGCCUGUGGAUCGUGAAGAAUAUGACGUUUUUGAUUUGGUAGCCUAUGCGUCAACUGCCGACGGAUACUCAGCAGACUUGCCUCUUCCACUACCCAUCAGAGUGGAGGAUGAAAAUGACAAUCAUCCUGUUUUCACAGAAUCAGUUUAUAAUUUUGAAGUUCCAGAAAGUAGUAGACUCGGUACUACGGUGGGAGUGGUCUGUGCCACAGACAGAGAUGAGCCAGACACGAUGCACACACGCCUGAAGUAUAGCAUUUUGGAGCAGAUGCCAAGAUCACCUGGCCUCUUCUCUGUGCAUCCCAGCACGGGCGUAAUCACCACCGUCUCUCAUUCUAUGGACAGAGAGGCUGUAGAUAAGUAUGUAUUGCUAAUGAAAGUACAAGACAUGGACGGUCAAUUUUUUGGACUGAUGACUACAUCAACUUGUGUUAUAACAGUAAAAGACUCAAAUGACAAUCCACCCACUUUCAGGCAAAAUACUUAUGAAGCAUCUAUAGAUGAAAAUGCAUUUAAUAUGGAAAUCUUAAGAAUACCUAUAGAUGAUAAGGAUUUAAUCAACACUGCCAAUUGGAGAGCAAACUUUACCAUUAUCAAGGGCAAUGAAAAUGGACAUUUCAAAAUCACAACGGACAAAGAAACUAAUGAAGGUGUCCUCUGGGUUGUAAAGCCACUAAACCAUGAAGAAAAUCACCAAGUGAUCCUGGAAAUUGGAGUGAGCAACGAAGCUCCGUUUACUAGGGAUGUGCUCAGAACCAUAACCAUGAACAGAGCUUCUGUCACAGUUCAUGUGAUAGAUCAAGAUGAAGGACCAGAAUGCAGCCCGGCAGCCCAAUAUGUGCGGAUAAAAGAAAACUCAGAAGUGGGGUUAAAGAUCAAUGGCUAUAAAGCUUAUGACCCUGAAACUAGAAAUAGUAAUAGCAUAAGGUACAGAAAAUUGAAUGAUCCGAAGGGAUGGCUCACCAUUGAUGAAAUUUCAGGGUCAAUAAAAACUUCCAAAGUUCUGGACAGAGAGGCUGCAUCUCCUAGAGAUGACUUAUAUAAUAUUACAGUUUUGGCAAUAGACCAAGACGGUAGAUCAUGUACUGGAACACUUGUAGUUACCAUUGAAGAUGUGAAUGAUAAUGCACCAGAAAUCCUCCAAAAUGAUAUCAUAAUCUGCAAGCCAAAGAUGGCAUAUACUGACAUUUCAGCUGUUGAUCCUGAUGAACCUAUCCAUGGUGCUCCAUUUUCCUUCAGUUUUGCAAACCCAGCUUCAGAUAUCAAUAGAUUAUGGAUCCUCACCAAAGUUAACGAUACAGCGGCUCGACUCUCAUAUCGGAAAAACGCUGAAUUUCAAGAAUACAUCAUUCCUAUUACUGUAAAUGAUAGAGCAGGUCAAUCUGCAACAAAAAAAUUGAAAGUUAAUCUAUGUGAUUGUACGCAUCCGACUCAAUGCCGGUCAGCUUCAAGGAGUUCAGGAAUAGUCCUUGGAAAAUGGGCCAUUUUAGCAAUCCUACUGGGCCUAGCAUUACUUUCAACUGUAUUGUUAACUUUAGUAUGUGGAGUUGUCGGAGCCAAGAAAAGAAAAGGUUUUCCUGAGGAUUUAGCACAACAGAAUUUAAUUAUAUCCAACACAGAAGCACCUGGAGAUGAUAAGGUGUGUUCUGCCAAUGGAUUUACGACCAACACUGUGAACAACCUGAGCCACGGCUUUUGUGGUACAGUGGGAUCUGGAGUCAAGAAUGGAGGACAGGAUGUUAUUGAGAUGGUGAAAGGAGGACACCAGACUUCGGAAUCCUGCCAGGCGGUGGGACAUCAUCAGACCCUGGACUCCUGCAGGGGAGGACACCUAGAUGUGGACAACUGUAGAUACACUUAUUCUGAGUGGCAUAGUUUCACCCAGCCCCGUCUUGGUGAAAAAUUGCACCUAUGUAAUCAGAAUGAAGACCAGGUUCCAUCUCGAGAUUAUGUCCUGACAUACAGCUAUGAAGGGAGAGGCUCUCCAGCUGGUUCUGUUGGCUGUUGCAGUGAGAAGCAGGAAGAAGAGGGCCUUGACUUCUUAAAUAAUCUGGAACCUAAAUUUACUGCACUGGCAGAUACAUGCACAAAGAGAGAAUGUUAGAGUGCUCCAGCUAGCUUUGUUUUUGUCAGACACUCUGGACACUUCCAAAGGAAUAUGACAUUAAAUUUUAAUAUGUGUGUGCAUUUUUCUCAAUUCAAAUAGUACCAUUUAACAAAUUGUAUUUGUAUAGCAUUAAUCUUAUCUUUUCCAAGAAUUUUAGAAUAAAUUUUGCCUUUUUUGAAAUCAGUGAGUAAAGCAGCAACGAAUGGCAGAUUUCAUGCUUUAGUAUUAGAAUUGAGUUCUUCAAAAGACUUGUUCUCUUUUACUGAUAUUUCCCCAAUAGCUUUGUUAAAUGUUAAUUGCACAGUAGCUACACUGUUCUGGACUAGAAAUUCUUAUUUUCUCCCACAUUUAGUUUUAAGUAGAAGGCGAUAUCAAGCACUAUCCGAUUACAUUGAGCUUUUUUUUUUACUUUAUUUUUUUAUUCUUUUGAAAUAAUGGUGGCUUGACACAGGUUUCAGAUGUACAAUAUUAGAAAUCAGUAUCCAUUUAUACUAUAUUAUGUUUACUAUAUGUUGGAUUUUUAGUUUUCAAAAUGUUUGUCUCUCCUGGUCAGUCACACUUAGCACCAGUAUAUUUUUUUAAAAAAUUUUAUUUAUAAAAAGGAAACAUUGACUCAAUCAUAGGGUAAGAGGGGUACAACUUCACACAAUUCCCACCACCAGAACUCAUAUCCCAUCCCCUCCCCUGAUAGCUUUCCUAUUCUUUAACCCUUUGGGAGUAUGAACCCCCCAAGGUCAUUGUGGGGUGCAGAAGGUGGAAGGUAUGGCUUCUGUAAUUGCUUCUCCGCUGAACAUCGGCUUUGACAGGUUGAUCCAUACUCCCAGCCUGUCUCUCUCUUUCCCUAGUGGGGAAGGGCUUUGGGGAAUCAGAGCUCCAGGACACAAUGGUGGAGUUGUCUGUCCAGGGAAGUCUGUUGUUUGCUCAGAAAGAUCAUGAAGAACAGCUUUAUCUUCUCAGUUGCUCUGACAACAUCUCAAAAAAGUGCAUGGACAAAAAAAUCAAACUACAUUUUAUCUGAUUUUCAUUUAUUUAUUAUUGAAUAGAGACAGAAAUUGAGAGUAGAUGGUAGAGAAGCAAAGAGACACCUGCAGCCUUGCUUUACCCUUCAUGACACUUUCCCCUGCAAGUGGGGACCAGGGGCUUGAACCUGGGUCUUUGUGUACUGUACUGUGAGUGCUUAACUAGGUGUGCCACUGCCUUCCUCACCCCCCCCGCCCUUUUCAUUUUAUUUGAUAGGACAGAGAAAAAUUGAGAGGGAAAGGUAGGUCAAGAGAAAGACACCUGCAAGAAUUUUAAAUGCUAUAAAAUAUAAAAAAGAAUACAAGAAAAGUUUAAUUCGUGAUGCAAUUUAGAGUAUCCUCAAGCUAUUUCAGAAAUUUAGUGUUUUUUCAAAUGUGUUGAUAUUCUAGACCCCCUGGAAAGCCCUAGAAAAUAUUACGAGAACUGUAAUCUAAUAGGUAUUCUUAUGAAAAGUUGAAUAUAACAUUGUUGUAGACUCACUUCAGGUGAAAGCUUAAAAUAGUGAGUAAUAGGAAUUUUUUUUCUACUAGGAAACAAAUUGGAAUAGAUUAAUAAAGACUAAAUUAACUUAAAAUCUGUGCAUUUUUCUAAGAAAAACUGCUACCCACCUACAUAGUCCCUUCCCUCAGCUUUUUGUCUUGGAGAGAGUGCUACAUUUUCUGCUUUCUUAUUUGCCUCAGAAAUAAAGAUAUUUAGAUUCACAGGUAAUAAAGAUAAUUUUACUUUUAAGGUUUUAUUCAUAAUAUAAAAAAUUUGACAUGUACUGUUAUUCUUAUAUGUAUAAGAUAAAAUAUACUGUUUGACUAUGAAAGGAAAUGUUUUUCUAAAGCUUUUACUUGUCCAGUGAAUAUUCUUGAAUUUUUAAUAUCAAUGUACAUUUUACCUUAUCUAUGAGGAAGUAGUUAACUGUUUAAAAUACAAUAAGGAUUGUUUUGCAGUUUUUUAAACAGAACUUUAUUUUGAUAGUAAAAGAAAUUACAUUUUUAAGAAAAUAUCACAGAUCAAAAUAGGCAAAAAUUGAAUGUACAAGGUAAUCUUUGCAUAUGUAAAAUGUUAAUAAAAAUGUUAACAUGA